AUGAAUGACCAAAAACCACUGUCACUGCCUUUACAAAACAGCGAUUUUGACACGAUACCUGAAAAUUGGAUAGAAUAUUAUGCUACAGACAUUACUCCAAGCAUAGACCAAAGCGGAAUACUUGUUCAAACAAUGACAACAAUAAACGAUGAUAAUGCAAGAGGUGAAAUUGCUUAUUCAAGAGGCAUGCUUUCAAAAAUCUCAAUGGAGUACGAGUUGAGUAUGCCUUUGUAUGCCGGACUAUUUCUAUUGAUUGGCGGAGUUGUUGGAGGGUCAUUUACACCAGAGGUUGAUUUUUCAAAGAGUUCAUCGACGUAUUGCACCUGUCCCGUUAUCGCUGGUAGAACCGCACAAUUGAGAGUUUUUCCUAUACGUGUAACUUUAACCCCCCACUCUAAAAAGAUGAAAUGGAAUCGCAAACUACAAAAGCUUGCAACCAAGCUAAAUACGUUCAAAAAGGACAAAAAGUUUACUCUUUUGUUCUUAACAGGUUUGGAAGAUGUUGAAUGUAGGUACAUUUGA